GGGCGCGGCAGCCAGCGCGUCUGUUCGGAGCGGACCCGAGCCUCCGCGGGACCCCGAGCACCGAGUGGCCGAGGCACCGCCUCUCCUUCGCGUCCCGGCUGCUUCUGCCCCGCGCGGGGGACCCAGCUCCGAACCUCUCCCGCGCCGCCACCCCUCGGGGCCAGGAGCGGGGACACCGAGUGCCAGGGACUCCCGCACCCCAGCGCAGCCUCCUCCGGGCACCAUGACCCACUUCAACAAGGGCCCCUCCUACGGGCUCUCGGCCGAGGUCAAGAACAAGAUUGCUUCCAAAUAUGAUCACCAGGCGGAAGAAGAUCUUCGCAACUGGAUAGAAGAGGUGACAGGCAUGAGCAUUGGCACCAACUUCCAGCUGGGCCUCAAGGAUGGCAUCAUCCUCUGCGAACUCAUAAACAAGCUACAGCCGGGCUCUGUGAAGAAGGUCAACGAGUCCUCGCUCAACUGGCCUCAGUUGGAAAAUAUUGGCAACUUUAUUAAAGCUAUUCAGGCUUAUGGUAUGAAGCCACAUGACAUAUUUGAAGCAAACGAUCUUUUUGAGAAUGGAAACAUGACCCAGGUUCAGACGACGCUGGUGGCGCUGGCAGGGCUGGCUAAAACUAAAGGAUUCCAUACAACCAUCGACAUUGGAGUCAAAUAUGCAGAGAAACAAACAAGACGUUUUGAUGAAGGAAAAUUAAAGGCUGGCCAGAGUGUAAUUGGUUUGCAGAUGGGAACCAACAAAUGUGCCAGCCAAGCAGGCAUGACAGCCUACGGGACUCGGAGGCAUCUUUAUGAUCCCAAGAUGCAGACUGACAAACCCUUUGACCAGACCACGAUUAGCCUGCAGAUGGGCACCAACAAGGGAGCCAGCCAGGCAGGGAUGUCAGCACCAGGCACCAGACGAGAUAUCUACGAUCAGAAGCUAACAUUACAACCAGUGGACAACUCGACCAUUUCCCUGCAGAUGGGGACCAAUAAAGUUGCUUCCCAGAAAGGAAUGAGUGUGUAUGGGCUUGGGCGGCAAGUGUACGACCCCAAGUACUGUGCUGCCCCCACAGAACCUGUCAUUCACAAUGGAAGUCAAGGCACGGGAACAAAUGGGUCAGAAAUCAGUGAUAGUGAUUAUCAGGCAGAAUACCCGGAUGAGUACCAUGGCGAAUACCAGGAUGACUACCCCAGAGAUUACCAAUAUGGUGACCAAGGCAUUGAUUAUUAGAGUCACAGAGGCAAUCAGUAUAUAGUCCAUUGAUUUUUAUCCAGUGAGAACCAAACUAGCCUUGAGUAAUUUUUAUCUUGUCUUCCUAAAACACUAUUAUGCUUCUUGUACCUUU